AUGAGCAUUUGCCCGGAUGAUGCUCGACAGUUCCUCAGUCUGGAGGAGCGGGAGUGUAUUUUGUUCUUCGAGGAGACCAUCGGCUCCCUGGAGGAGGACGAUGAGAGGACAGGAAUAUCCGCAGGCGGCCACAGGCUUGCAGUGGAGCGUCCGCUCUCAUACACUACAGCUCGACAUCCCAGCCCUGUAGAUCAUGAUAUCAUUGACCUGGUGCACCCUACACCCGAUCCCAGCAAACAGAAAGACACGCUGCCCAUCAUGCCAGAUUUCCAACAGCUGAUUAUACCCCCGGAGACCCAUUUUGAAGUGAAGCCGAAACGUGACCUGGACGUCUCAGACGGGCCGCAAUUUGGACACCAGCCGCCCGCAGGUUCAGUUCCCACCCAGGUAGUAAUCGCCAGCAAGAUCGCCGAGCACCAGGGCGCAGGUGGCACGUCUGCAUCGCAGCUACUCCAGCGCAGACGCAGUCUAGAGUCGCCACCGAACCCCUCGACCAAACACGACCCUCCGACCCACGCCAAGCCCACGCGUCUUCCCGACAGCAUCAGCAUGUUACUGGGCAGCCGAGAACACAUUCCCCACUCGAUUGCCGCCGAAGCCAUCAGGAGCGCCGGGCGCAAAUGCUCUCGAGCCUCUCCGGCACAGCACACCCUUUGGAUGGUGGCGAACCGGCCUGCGUGUGCAACCUUCCCAUACGGAGCAUUUCGUUUCGAGAUCCAACGCCAGACAAGUCUAGGAUGGAGGGCCAACGCAGACACUACAGACCCCUGCCAAACCAAAUCUGGCCCCGCACCAACUUUGACGAGUGCCGAAGUCACACACAGUGAUUUCAACAGCUAUGGCGGUAAGAGCAUCAUGCUAAACCCCACAUCGUCCUUCAGGGCCGAGUACCGCUCAUCUUCAGUGCCCAAAACAGAGUCUUCAGAUGUCCAUCUCAACAACUUCGGCGGCAGAUCGCGAGUCGUGACUCCAUCUCAUCCAAACCACGGCACCCAAACCAAGACCAUCACCCCAGUAAAAGAGGACAACUCCAGCUCAAACAGGACUUCAAAUGAAGGCUUAUCCAAGAGGAAAGCGUCACACUCUGAAGCGCCUGUGAAGCAGCCGCCAGCUCCGGCUCCAAAACCACGCUCCGCGCCGCUGUCCCCAGAGUUACGCCGCAAAUCUUUGCCAAAGCCGUCCUUCCGCACUCAGGGAAUAACGGUGCAGUUUUCUGGGAGAGGAGCCACAGAUGAGGCCAGACGUGAUGCACUACGCAAGCUAGGUCUGCUGAGAAGCACGCUUUAA